AACAAUCGUUGCAACGCUUUGUCGAAGAAAAAAGCAGCAGCGUCUGCUAGUGAGCUAGCUUAGCUGCUUUUAUUAUUUUGCAGAAAUAUGGCAGCUGUCCUCCCCCUCAGACCGGUCUGUGAUAGCAACCCUGCCACUCCAGGAGCUCAAUCUAUAAAGGAAGAUGUAAUAGAUGAGGUUUCCAAUGACGGCAGCCAGGCUCCCAAAAGAAGGAGAAUGGGUUCAGGAGACAGCUCCAGAAGUUGUGACACCUUCAAUCAAGAGCUUGGAGCGACAUAUUUUCCAGCGGAAAACCUGACAGAGUACAAGUGGCCUCCUGAUGACAGCGGAGAUUAUUAUAUGCUGCAGGAGCAGGUCAGCGAGUAUCUGGGAGUGACAUCGUUCAAGAGGAAGUAUCCCGAUAUGGAGAGGCGAGACUUGUCCCACAAAGAGAAGCUCUACCUUCGUGAGCAAAACGUCAUCACUGAGACACAGUGCACUCUGGGUCUCACAGCUCUGCGAAGCGACGAGGUGAUAGAUCUGAUGAUCAAGGAGUAUCCAGCCAAACAUGCUGAGUACUCCGUCAUCCUGCAAGAAAGGGAGCGGCAGAGAAUAGCAAAAGAGUACUCUCAAAUGCAGCAGCAGAACACUCAGAAGGUAGAGGCCAGCAAGGUUCCCGAGUACAUAAAGGAGGCUGCAAAAAAAGCUGCAGAGUUUAACAGUAACUUCAACAGGGAGCGGAUGGAAGAGAGGAGAGCUUACUUUGACCUUCAGACGCACGUUAUCCAGGUACCACAGGGCAGAUUCAAGGUGCUGGCUCCAGAGUUAACCAAAACCGGGCCUUACCCUGUAGCUCUCAUUCCGGGACAGUUCCAAGAUUACUAUAAAAGGUACUCGCCCAACGAGCUGCGCUAUUUGCCGCUGAACACUGCUCUGUACGAGCCUCCACUGGAUCCAGAGCUGCCUGCCCUAGAUUCAGAGCCUGACUCAGACGACGCAGAGGACGGAAAGGAUGACAAGAAGAAGAAAAACUCAUCAGACAGCUCUUCAGGGAACGCAUCAGAUGUGGAGAGCCAGGAGGGCGGAGGAGGACAUCGGCAUAAGUCCAAAACCAAAGACAGGACAUCAACGCCGGGCAAAGACCAGCGCCACUCCCACAAAACCACUCCAGGGUACAAGCCUAAGGUCAUUCCAAAUGCUAUGUGUGGCAUUUGCCAGAAGGGUAAAGAGGCCAACAAGAGAGGCAAGCCAGAGGCUCUCAUUCACUGCUCCCAGUGUGAUAACAGCGGCCAUCCGUCCUGCUUGGACAUGAGCGAGGAGCUGGUGUGCGUGAUCCAGACGUACCGCUGGCAGUGCAUGGAGUGCAAGACUUGCACCGUGUGCCGCCAGCCCCAUCACGAGGAUGAGAUGAUGUUCUGCGACAAGUGUGACAGGGGCUACCACACGUUCUGCGUUGGCAUGGACGAAAUACCUACAGGUCUUUGGGUGUGUGAGGUUUGUGACAAAGACUUCACAACACCCAAAAAGAAGGGAAUAAAAACACAGAAGAAGUCCAAGUCGGCUCAAAAAUGACCAACAUAGAAACAAAGUCAUUAAUUCUUAAAAAUGUCAGUUGUUUUUCCUUCUUCUAAAUAAAGCUUCUUUUGAACAAUGUGUUCUUAAAGGGAUCCACGAUUAGUUGUAACAAUGGACUUUAUUUGAGAAAUACCUGUUUUAGAUGUAAAGACAAUACCGUAAAAAUGCUGUAAGAUGUUUAGUUUUUAUACAUUUAAAUAAAAUAUUGUUACACGGACGUCGCCAUGUUGUUUAUCCUGCAAUGCAUUCUGGGUAAAUGACGUAUACUAGGUCAUAUCGCUCCUUUAAAACUUGCUGUUUGUGAUGUGUAAAAACUCAUAAUUAAUACAGAAAAUUGUAUAUCAUUGUUAGAUUUUCCCCCCACGGAGGUUGCCAUUUUUUCACCUGCGCAAUGCAUGCUGGGUUGAUGACGCGGUUAGGUCCUACUGGAACCUACAGAGUUGACACAGGAAGGUUAAAAUUUAUGGAGGACUGACUCUGACAUAUUAAAAAA